AUGACUGUUAAUAUCCCGUUGGUAAAUGGUACAUCGUAUUGUACUCUAACCGCUCAUUCGAAGGAAACGUUUGACAAGACAGUUGAUUUUUAUUGCACGUUCUUACAGUUGGAGAGACAAUCGUAUUCUUCUAACUCGACGUUUCUAUACAACAGUAGCAUAUCUGUCAAAUUAGAUUUGGAAGUUGACGAGAUCAAACAAAGAAAGGCUGAAGCACGUUAUGAAGAGCUGAAAAGUAAAAGUGGAAACAAGGACUGGAGAGUUCUAGUGAGUGAAUCGUUAGUGUUCAACACUGCGGACAUUCAGUUCAACAAACAAACUCUGGAUCAUAUCGAUGCACCACGCCAGGCUUACCCAAGUUAUCUCUUCCCAAUGCAACUGUACACAUUAGAUCCUUUGGGCAAUGUUGUUGGUGUCACUUCUACCAAGAAUGCAGUUAGCACUAUGCCAACUCACCCACCAGUAUUGGAAGAGAAAAUGCCAUCAGCUAUUGCCUCGAAGGCGCAAUCAUAUACAGACCUCAGUUCGUGUGUCAAGACCAGUAACAAUUAUCCAUCGUUACCAAAACAGUCAAAACAUGGCAGGAAAGCUAUUGCUGUGAUGACUUCUGGUGGUGAUGCACCCGGUAUGAAUUCAAAUGUCAGAGCCAUUGUUCGUUCUGCAAUUUUCAAAGGCUGUCGUGCCUUUGUUGUUAUGGAAGGUUAUUCCGGUCUAGUCCAUGGUGGUCCAGAAUAUAUCAAAGAAUACAGUUGGGAAGACGUUCGUGGAUGGUCUAGCGAAGGUGGUACCAAUAUUGGUACUGCGCGCUGUAUGGAGUUCAAAGAACGUGACGGUAGAUUGUUGGGUGCCCAGCAUUUGAUCGAAGCUGGUGUUGAUGCUUUAAUCGUUUGUGGUGGUGAUGGUUCUUUGACUGGUGCAGAUUUAUUCAGAGCCGAGUGGCCAUCAUUGAUUGCGGAGUUAUUGAAAAACAAUAGAAUCACUAAAGAGCAACACACAAGAUAUCAACAUUUGAAUAUUUGUGGUACUGUUGGUUCUAUCGAUAAUGAUAUGUCGACAACAGAUGCUACUAUUGGUGCCUACUCAGCCUUGGAUAGAAUCUGUAAGGCUAUCGAUUACGUUGAAGCAACUGCAAAUUCUCAUUCAAGAGCUUUCGUUGUUGAAGUUAUGGGUAGAAAUUGUGGUUGGUUAGCACUAUUAGCAGGUAUUGCAACAUCUGCUGACUAUAUCUUAAUUCCCGAGAAGCCAUCUUCUUCCCGUGAAUGGCAAGAACAAAUGUGUGACAUUGUUUCAAAACAUAGAAAGAGAGGUAAGAGAACAACAAUUGUUAUUGUUGCUGAGGGUGCCAUUUCUAAUGAUUUAACUCCAAUUUCACCCGCUGAUGUUCACAAAGUCUUAGUUGAAAAGUUAGGUUUGGACACCAGAAUUACUACGUUAGGACAUGUUCAAAGAGGUGGUACAGCUGUUGCCUAUGAUCGUAUCUUAGCUUCAUUACAAGGUGUUGAAGCUGUUAAUGCAGUUUUGGAUACCACACCAGACACUCCAUCACCAUUAAUUGCCAUUAACGAAAAUAAAAUUACUCGUAAAUCUUUAGUUGACUCUGUUAGAUUAACCAAAUCUGUUGCAGAAGCCAUUCACUCCAAAGAUUUCAAGAAGGCGAUGUCGUUGAGAGAUACGGAAUUUAUCGAACAUUUGAAUAACUUCAUGGCAAUUAACUCAGCUGAUCAUAAUGAACCAAAAUUACCAUCGGACAAAAGAUUAAAAAUUGCUAUUGUAAAUGUCGGUGCACCAGCAGGUGGUAUCAACUCAGCUGUUUACUCUAUGGCCACCUAUUGUAUGUCUCAGGGUCACAAACCUUAUGCUAUUUAUAACGGUUGGACCGGUUUAGCUAGACAUGAAAGUGUUCGUUCAUUGGACUGGAAAAGUAUGCUUGGGUGGCAAAGUCUUGGUGGUUCUGAAAUCGGUACCAACAGAGCAACUCCUGAAGAAGCUGAUCUUGGUAUGAUCGCAUACUACUUCCAAAAGUAUCAAUUUGAUGGUCUAAUCAUUGUUGGUGGUUUUGAGGCUUUCGUUUCCUUACAUCAAUUGGAAAAGGCUAGAGAUAGUUAUGCUGCAUUCAGAAUUCCUAUGGUUUUGAUUCCUGCAACUUUAUCCAACAACGUUCCCGGUAGUGAGUAUUCCCUAGGUUCUGACACAGCUCUUAACGCCUUGAUGGAAUACUGUGAUGUCAUCAAGCAGUCCGCUUCGUCUACUAGAGGGAGAGCUUUUGUCGUCGAUGUCCAAGGUGGUAACUCCGGUUUCUUAGCUACUUGUACAUCACUAGCUGUUGGUGCCCAAGCUUCUUACGUUCCAGAAGAAGGUAUUUCAUUGGAUCAAUUAUCUCAAGAUAUUGAAACACUUGCAGAAGCAUUUGAGAGAUCUGAAGGUAGGGGAAGAUUCGGUAAAUUGAUUCUAAAGAGUACAAAUGCUUCGAAGGCUUUAAGUGCUGAGAACUUGGCAAAAGUAAUGACUGCAGAAGCUGAGGGUAGAUUUGAUGCCAAAUCUGCUAUUCCAGGUCAUGUCCAACAAGGUGGUUUGCCAUCCCCAAUUGACAGGACUAGAGCAACAAGAUUAGCAAUCAAGGCUGUAGGUUUCAUCGAAACCAAACAGGAAAUAAUUCGUGAAGCUCGUGCAGACGAUGAAGAGUUCAACCCAGAGGAUAAAGAAAUUGAAUCAACAGCGGCUGUUUUAGGUGUCAAAGGUUCUCAUAUCGUUUUCACAUCUAUUAGACAGCUAUACGAUUUUGAAGCAGAUGUAGCAAAAAGAAUGCCAAAGAUAAUUCAUUGGGAAGGUACAAGAGCUAUUGCUGAUCAUUUGGUUGGCAGAAAGAUUGUCCAAUGA